UGGAUAAUGUUUGCCAGAGGGCGUUGCAGGCGUUGGAGCAGUAAGCUCCCUUGUUACAGAUGUCUUCAAGCGGUGUCGAUUGUGGUUGUUUUUUAUGCAUACGCUUACAUUCGUUAAACGUAUGAAAACACGCCUACCUUUCGCGUGUGUUUUACAUCAGUAUGGCAGACUUCAUGGGAGGUCAUGACCCAAAUGGAGCUGCAACAGAUAAAGAUGAUGGGAUGCUUUUGCCACACACUUCCUUAGCAAGUGAAGCAAAUGAUAUUCUUUCCCCUUCUUCUCAGGGCUCUGCAAGUUUGACCUCACCUGUUGGCUUCCUCAACCAGUCCUCUGUCUCAAACAAUUUCGUCAACCAGUCACAGGCCACCUUUUUAUCACACUCAGCACUAACUGGACUAGCUGCAGCUGCAGCCCAUCAUGCCAAAUAUACCUCUGCAGGACAGAUCCCAAGCAGCAGAGUUAUGCAGCCAGGCAUGAGCUUGCCUAUUCAGGGACUUAGCCGCAGCGGGCAAAGUGCUGGACCCAGCAAUCCACUACAAACUCCAAACAAGUCAUCCAGCAUGGAUGGUUCUUUCGAAAGUGAUGAAGGAAGUGGAGGAGCAACCCUUUCCAUAUCCUACAUGCGACAGGGAGAGAACUUUGUUUGCUCUCUUUGUGGAAAAACUGUUGCCUCCAAAGCUGCUAUUACUCGACAUAUCCAGCUGACACAUGAGAAGAAGAAGCCUUUUGAGUGCAACAUUUGUCAUCGAAGAUUUGGCUACAAGAACAUUUUGCUGGAGCACCAGAACAUCCACUUUGGUAUCAAGCCAUACUCAUGCAACCUCUGUGACAAGAGAUUUGCUGCACGUUCAAAUCUCUUUCAGCACCGCUUGCUUCAUAUGAAGCCUUUCCAUUGUGAGGUUUGCAACAAGAGAUUUGACAGAGCUGACCAGUUGCAGCGCCACCUCAAGCUUCAUCCUACAUCAAAUAUCCUAUCCUGCAACCUCUGCAACUUCCAGGCUACAAAUGUUGAAACAUUAAACAAUCAUCUGAAAGAAAGCCACACUUUACAAACAUACAACACACGAAGCCGCUUCGGUAACCCUCUGGAAGGUGACCAUAGAGCACCUGAUCUACCUACACAAGUUCCCCUCAGCUUAGCAGGAACUAGCAAUUCUUCCACAGGAUCAUUGUCUAAUUUAGAAAGUGAAGCAAUGCGCAGGAUUGACACCAUCUGUUCUCAGCUAGCUGUGCGUAAUCAGGGUCCAGGCAACCUGCCAAACAUCAAAUCUGAACCUACCUCACCUAUCAUGGGCUCCAGCCCACAUGGCAGUUUACCUCCAAUUAGUCCCUCAAAUAAUCUAGCUUCACCUCCUUUUUCAAUGGGUGGAGACUCCGGAUCAAAUUAUCCUCCCAAUGUUGCAGCAGGUCAUUUUCGGGGAAGUUCAGGUCAAGGUUAUUCGGGUGGGGAUGGAUUCUCCUCAGGCUCUUCAUCAGCAGCAAUUCAUAGUGAUGACAGCCACAAAGAAGAUUUGACCAUGAUGUCUGCAAGUGUACAGGAUCCAGGUAUUAUGUUUUUAGGGGAUGCUUCAUCCUCAAGUGGCCCAGCUUCCAGUUGCAGACAAGCUAUGGGCCAUUUUGUCGCACCCAGUCGACGCAACCCUUCAACUCCUAGUAUUCCUGGAAUCCAGGCAUUCUCCAGGCAGAACCGCAAUGGCCCAGCUCCUUCCCCGCUGCCUCUUCAACAAGCUACCUCAGACCGUGUCAGGUCCUCAGCUGACUCCACGAGCAGUAUGUCGGAAUUUUUUUCCACACUGCAGGCACUUAUUCACCGAUCCCAAGAUAUCCCAGAGUUGAAUGUCACUAUCUCACGCCCGAAGUCCAAGCAAGAUAUGGGCACUCAGCAUACCGCAGUCAACAUACAAGGGGACAUUCCAGCUUUGAAUGAUAUUUUGGUUUACUAUGAGUCUCAGGGUAAGAUCUACCGAUGCAACCAUUGUAAGAUUCUUUUUGAAGAAAGAGGCAUGUAUUUCCUGCACAAGUCCCUUCAUGGAGAAUUAAGUCCUUGGGAGUGUAGCAUCUGCCAUAAGAUCUGCACCGACAAGAAUGAUUUUCAUCUGCACUUUGUGAAUGAGCAGCAUUUAGGACAUUAAUUAUGCAGAAGCACAAAUGCUCUUCAGGAUAAAAAAAAAGAUAUUUGGAUGUUGUUUUGCAUGACUUUAUCAAAUAAGCGUGCAUCUUGUGUAGGCUUGCUGAUAGGCAUUCAGGUCCUACUUGAUAAAGUUUUGUGUCUCCAUUGUUUUUGCAUUGUGUCACUUGAAAAAAAAAACUACUUUUGAACAAACUAUUUAUCAUAAAUUCAAGGUUUCAGCUGAUCAACAUUUAUAUAUUACCAGACCUGACUUUGUUUAAAGCAUUGAGUUUGUAAAGGAAACAUAAUCAGACUCCAGAUUUCAUCAGUUUCCUAAAAACUGAAGCAGACAACAGAAGUGAAUGCAGAUGAAGAUGAAAAUGAUGAUAGGUGAAAGAACCAGAAGAAAAGGACAUAAAAGACAAUUAAAUAUAAAUGAAAUCAAGUGGGAGAGGAGGAAGAAACAUGUCCUUUACGUCAAAGAUCACUUAUUGAUACUUAUGACUAAGUGAUAGGCAUGUUUGAGGACAACUUCAUUGAUGAAAAGCCUUAAUUUUUUUUUAUGUUCUUGUUGAUAUGUCUCUACCCCAAGUAAGUUUGUUCUCAAGAGAAAUUUUAUUUACAAUGGGGAGAAAAGAAAUUCAGGAGAAUAAUCUUUUUUGAGACCUUAAUUAUACUGAAUAAUUUAACUAGAAUUUAAUGUCAAAUAUCUCUUUUUUUUUUUUGAAAGAAAUCAAGAUUUGGUAUAUGAAAUGAAACAGUUUAAUAUAGUCAGCAUAUUGCUUCUACGGGUGAAUUGACAUAUUAAUGCUGGUUUAAGCUUUGCAUGUAAUGACUUUUUUUGGGAAAUUUAAUCUGAUUAACUCAGGUUUUGACUUCGAAGAUUAUGGCAGGGCUGCAGAGAAGAUACCUUUUUGAGUUGAUGAUGGCAUUUUGCAAAGCAAUUUCAAGGACAGUGAUGUAUAGCAUCGACUGGCGGAAGUGUUGCCAUGUCACUGCACUACCAGAUUCGUCAAACUGAUCAUAAUAUUUUUAAUAACUUUGUUUAUGUGGAGAUCCCCAAGCCAUGUGGAAUGCAGACCUGAAGAGAUGUACAGUAGCUUUCCUUUCAUGAUGGCAAGCUACUUGUAGCAGCCUUGACAUGUUGCAUCAACAGUUAAGCAGUCUCCUGGGGCCGAUAAAUGUGAUUGAAAUAUUCUUUGGGAAAAGUGGAUACUGUGAGUAGUCAUGACCUUCUUCUCUGUUGCUAUGGAAUGAUUGCAUUGUGAGCCAAGAUUUUCAAUAUAAUAUUUUGUGUGUGCAUGUGUAGGGUGAACUCUUAAAAACCUUCACAUGCAUGGGCAUAGUACAGUUGCAUUUGAACUGUUAGUAUCAGCAACUGUUUUAGGGAUAAAGUGACUGCAGGGUAAGUUUCAGUAGUCUGCAAUGUAGAAGGGAUAGGGAGCAGAGAUGGCCUUAGCAGUAUGUGGGGGCCUGGGUGAGUGUCAUAUGCGGGGCCAAGAGCCGUAAGUGUAGGCUAUAUAUUGUACCACAUCAUGGGGGACCCCUCAAAGGCUGCCUCUGUAGGUAGGAAGGAUUCUUGCCAUUAGGCUAACUGGUUUCGUGCAUAAUAUUUAAUGGCAUUAUAAAUAUGUAAAUCAGGGUGUGAUUUCUUGUGUGUGAAAGUGAAAAAGUAAGUGUUGGUGCUUGACAGUGGGAAAAUGGAUGAAUUUGAAGAAACAAUUAGUCCAAAUCUCUAGUAUUCAGGAAUCUUUUAAUAGGGAUGGGGGAUUUUUCAUAGCUUUGAACUUGGACUUUAGAAACACUUGGACGUAUGUUAACUGUGUGUUGCUUUUGUUUUUUUAAUAACCCUACAAAGAGAUGUAUGUGAGAUUAACCAACUCCUUGACCUACUGUCUUCAGUCAGUACAAGUUGCGAAUGCAUCAGAACUCUGUGCAUGGUCACCAUAAUAUUUGAACAGAGAGAGAGAGUGCAUGUCAGACAAAUCAUCCAGGAAGCUGUACUGUGCAUUGAAAGAUUGGUUCCUUUGGAAAUGUGACGGGUUUUUUAUUUUUGUUUUGUUCAUUAGGCCCUCAUUCUCCCCACUCUUUCUAAAUAUGUAAUUGUGUUUCCUCUGCACUUAGAAAAAAAAUUACAUAAAAGUGGUGUACAAUAAGGACCCAAAAGCAACUAGCAAUUCAGUAAUAAAAAGAUGGCAUUUCUAGGGUAUUUCCCCCUGGAUUUAAGCAACAGCAAGAGGCAGCUCAUUAAUAUGUCAAAAACCACGUUGUUGAUGAUCAUUGGUUAUUGUUGUAGAGAGGUUGUGUUGAACUUGGUCUUUUAUGUUCAAGACAAAAUAUUUUCCCUCAUUUUGAUGGUUAUGCAUGAACUGCAUUUUCUUAUUAAUUUAAGGCAGAAAACUUACACAUUGUAAAAUGAGAAAAUGAUACAGCAGCAUGUAAGCAGAUUACGGAGGCAGCAGUCAGCACAUUGAUUUAUUUACUAAUCUGAUGUUGAUGCAAGAUUUAAGAUGUAAGAAUAAUUGAACUUUCUAAAUGACAGAUUUGAGUACUGAUAAUUUCUUUGUUUUGCACUUUGUGUUUCUCAGGUAGUUACAUUUUUACCAUUGUCAUUUGGUUUUUUUUCAACAGAGUAAAUGCUAUGUGCACAUCCAUUUUUUUGUCGAAGCUACUGAGACACUGUUGGUAUGAUACAUGUGCAAAGCGAUUUUAAGAACGUAUGCUAAUGUAAUUUUUUAAUAUAUUUCUUUGUCAUUCAUUGUUAACAAAAUGUUUUUCUUAAAUGGAAUACUGUAUUACUGUAGUGCUUAUUGUAACACUCUGCAGAUAAGAUAGUUAUGGCAUAAUGUUAACUGCUAUUGCAAGAGGCAGUGACGAGCAUAACCAAAAUGCACAUGACAACUAUAGUUUUUAGCCAGAGCCAGUGUGUUAAAAUAUCGCUCGUUUCUCAUUUAUGUAGGCUUUAUUUAUUUUGCCCAUGAGUCUUUAUGUUUUUUUCGUAGGUAAUAUUAUGCUGUUUAAUUGUAAUUAAGAUUUUCUUUUGCAUCCUAGUAUGUUACUUUUACAUUUCUAACCUUUAAGAGAAAUGCGCAUCCCCUGUUGAUGCUGGUAAAUAUCACCUACAUGAGAUUUCCUUUAUUUUUCUCCUUCUUGGCUGCUGGUUUGGCAAGGUGAAAGGUAGCCAUAGCAUGUCGUGUGUUAAAAGACACAACAACUAUAAGAAGAAUACACCAGUCCAGUGCUAAAAUGCUUGUCACAAAGACAGCAAGGAAUGUGCUUCUAUCCUGCCUCCAGUACGUCAUUUCUCUCAGGAUGCUACCUGUUUAAAGUGCUGGACUAUCUUGUGAUAUUAUAGCCAUAGUUGCUGAUUUGACAUGAAAGAACGACCAAGUGUGAAUAAAUGGUGUUUUUGUUGUUGUUAGGCUAUAUUGUUUAUCAAACAAAUAGUCAUUUUUGUGUUGUUGGACAAGGAAAUCUUGCCUAGAGCACCCGGACCACUCAUCUUGCUUAGUCAUUUGUAAUAGCAUGUUCCCUAUUAGCAUAAGCAAAUCUUACCUCUUACUAUGUACUACAUUCAUUUAUACUGGUCUUCACUUUCUUCAGACCUAUCUGUGAUUUUCUUGAUUUUUGUUUUUUACCCCAUGGAAAUGGACAUCACUAAUUUUUUUUUAUUAAAAGUAGGUGAUUUGAAGUUUGCUCAGAUAAUCUGGCUGCACGGCAAAGAAAUACUUUCAUUGAGAGUAUAGAAAUACAUUUUGCUCUUAUGUAUGCUUUUGCUGUGAUGUUCUCCAUUCAUUUGCCAUUUUCUUGCUAAAAACCUUUUCUUAUACAUGGUAACAAAAACAGCAGGAACAUAUUAAGGUUUUUUGCAUGGGUGUGUGGGGCUUGCUCUCAAGACCAUCAGAAGCUAAUGAUCUUUUAUUGGUGGUUUUGAAAAAGUUGCCCCCAUAUUCCUUAUUUUUGAGAAGAGGCUCCUAGGAUUUGCACAUGCAUUCCUCACCUUGGCCUUACCCUUUCUUUGUCAUGAUGUGCAAGUUGCAGAUGUUGAGUUAGAAAAAAAUUUGGCGGUGACUGUAACCACAUGUUUAUGGGUUAUCUUCUGAUUGUUAUUGUUGCUUUCUUGCUUUGUUUAGGUAUGCAACAAAAUGCACCAUUGGUCCUUUUCUGAUUGCAGCAGGCAUUCAUUGUUGCUGCCUUUUACUGUCAUUCUAGAGAUAAGGUGUAGAGACAGUAAGACAUGACGAUAAAAAAUAACUAAAUUUUUUGUUGUGCUUUUGUGGAAGGGAGGGGCAAGAAAAUCGAAGUGUAUGAUCUUUGAAAAGUACUCUGUAAAUAAACUGAUUUCUUCAAUAACUUAAAGAAAAUUUACAUCAACAGUUGACAUUUAAUGGUUUCUAAGAAAAGCACUCAGUCCCCUGUCCCCUAGCCCAGGAAACAGAAGACACGAAACCUCCUUUUUCUGUACCUGACAUUACUGUUCUUAUUCAUGAAAUUACCCGAACAGUAGAUUCAAGAGUGAGUGCAGAGUACAAAACCUCUAACAACUUCUUUGAUCGUGGUGUUAAUAUGUAAUAUUGCUCUGUUUUGCAUUUAAAAAUCAUUUGAUAAAAUACCAGUUUUCUAUCACUCAUGUUGAUGCAUUAUCAAUAAUAUUAGGCAGCCAUGAUAAUGCCUUUAUUUGCCAUAUGUUCUUGAGAACUUUAUGACUUGUUAUGUAAGAAGAGACAUUAAUGAACAGUGACUUUAAAUAUGCAAACACACACUUAGGGUGUUGCACUUUUUUCAGUUAAACGUGUUUUAAAACAUUAAUGAUGACACAUACAAACCUUUUUAUAAGAGAUUUUAUAAAUGGGUGCAUAGAACAUUCAAGAUUGUGUGCCAUGAUAGUCUAAGAAACUAACAUUUAAUUUUAGUCAUCUCUGUGGGAGUAUCAUUUUAUAAUCUUUAUUUAAAUUCACCUUCUGUCUGCUAGAGUGGGUAUGGAAAUGCAUAAUAUAUUUUAGUGGAUAAUAACUUACCAAUUUGGCUACAUGUGUUUUUCAGUAAUGCUAUUCAUACAUGCCUGCACAUGAAUGGAUUUUAAGAUUCCAUAUUUCUGUUUGUUGUUUUUAGUUAAAAUCAUUAGAAAACUGUUUUUGCCCAAGUUAGAAAAACAUUAAAAUUGUUUAUAGUUUUUAUCCACCCUAAAAAAUCUCAUGUUGUCUUUUAUAAAUCAUGUUGUCUGUGCAUACCAGUUUUUUAAUUUUCAUUGAGCUGUUGUAAUUUUUCUACAAGUUUUUUUUUCCCCAGUCAUAGCACUUGCCAAGUGCUUACUUAUAUCAGCGUUUAAUACAUUCUCCAUUUGUCACCAACAGAGGUGUUUUGUUUAGAUGUGUAAUUGUUGCCAGUACUAUGAUUGUAGUAUUGUCUUUUGUUGUUUCUUAUCUAUUUUAUUCAAGAACUACAUCAAACCUCAUGGUGUUUUGAGACAUUUUAUUGCACAGAAUAUAGAGUAUAUACCAGCACUGCUGACAAAAAUCUAAAUUUCGUGGAUUCAGGGAAUUUUUUUGUUUCCUUUAAGGCCUAUUAAGGCAUGAAGGGGUAUCUUACAGCAAGGUAAUGCUGAUGUUUCUAUAAUGAAAGUAAUGUCAUGCACCUCAAAACAAAUGUGACUUGUAAGUGACUUAUCAGUUUGUAGAGUAACUCAUAAUUUGCCAAUUUUAGGCUGCUUUAUGUGCAGUGUUAAAUGAUUCCUAGACAGCACUACAACAUGUUGUUUUGGUUAAAACUUGUGGAAGCUUGAAGGAAAAAACCUUUGGCCCACAAGUACCUUUGAGUUAGGCAGAUCCUUGACCACUGCCAGAACUGAACAACUUUGAAGAAAGUUGACAUUUUUGUUAACAGCAUGUGGGCAUUAAAGAACUAUUACUCAGGGAAGCUUUUGACUAAUAUGUCUUAUAACUGGUAGUCAGUCCUUUUCGGUAUCAAAAAGCAGGUUAUGCCAGAAAGUUUUUCUUUUUAACAAAACUGGACAAAUUUUAUGAUGUAUGCAUUCUGCUGUAUGGAAUAUACAUUACCAUGCUUAAGACCUCGCUAGUGGAAAGUUCUGAGGAGUGCAUUGAAACCCUGUUUCUUUUGCAGUAUAGUAAGAUUUGUAUACAGAAAAGCAGCUAAUACAGUGUAAGGACAGAGUUUAUUUUGCAUGAUUGUGAGUGGGUUCUUCAGAAAACACAUACAUUUUUUUUUUUGUUAAACUAAAAAUUAACCAAUGUCCAUAAGAAGAUGCCAUUUAUUUACAGGGACAUAAGAGCCCUUCUAAAUAUGACACUGUAGGAUUCUAGAUAAAAUAACUGUGAGAUUGUGAUGGUUGUUCCGUUUAUCUGUAAUGUGUUUAGAUUUUUUAAUAAAUCAGGGAUAAACAGUGGUCAUCAUCUUCAUCAUUGUAUUCGUCAUUAUGUUUAUUAUUACUAGUAUGACUAUUGAUGGUGAUGAUAUUCCUGUACUUUUUAAAGGAUUUGUAUUAAAGUUUUUUUUUUUAAUCUUUAAUUCCAUACUUUUUCUAGCUUACCUUUUGCUCUCUUUGGAAACAUUUUAUUUUGAUCUUCAUGUAUAUAGUUUUUCCAGUCUUUGAAAGUGUAAAAAUGUUUCUUAUAUAUUUCAGUGUUGUCUGUAUACCUUUGUGAAUGUGUCAGAUUUAUUUUAGCACAGUUACUUAGCAGGUGAUUGUGGGUAGAAGGAAUAAUAUUUUUUUGUGCGUACUUUAUAGUUGUGAAAUUGGUAGCUGUUGUCAAAGUUGUUGACUCUGUAUGCUGCUGCUCUUGAUGUUGGACUAAAAAUUGCUUCCUCAUUCUAGUUCCAGACCUCUGCCACGAUAUACCUCAUAAACGUUUACCUAGAUUUUUUGCACACAAGACAUGCAUAAACUUCUAUGUGUGCACUUGUGUGGGUGUAUGCAUGUUUGCUAUGUUUCAUUUGUGUUGUGAACUUAAUUGUACCUCUGAGCUAUUGUAAAUGUACAUACACAGGUUGACUAUAUUUUGUUGUUGUAUUUGAUCUAUGGGCAUUUGAAAAUUUAAAAAAAAAAUUUUUCCUCAGGGUUGGUCGUGAUGCACUGCUGUUUUGACAGUUGUACCUCAAGUAACCUCUUGAAAUUCAUUAGUUGCGAACAAACAUUUUUUCCAGCUUUUAAGAGUAUGCCAGUUUAAAGAAAUGUUAAUUGAUUGUUCAGUGACCACGCUAUGGUAGAUUGACUCUUGUGUCACAAAAUAAUAAAAACUUUGUACUUUCUUUUGUAAGUAUUCAAUGGAGUUCAGAUAGAAAACUUGAUCAAGUGUCAUAUUAAUUACGAGUUGUUUUAGUAUUACAUACUUUGGCAAUGUUUUAAUUUUCCUCAAAGAGAGAGGAAAUAUAAGUUUGUUUUUAUUGGGCAGUCUACAAAGUCACAUAUGGACACCCCUGCCCCACAAGACUGGAGUAUUCAAAAAAUACCUCAUAUGGUCAUUGAGCUCUUAAAUUCUUUCUAGCAGUUCAUGGCAGCACGAACUAUAAUAUAUGCAAAUUCUUUAGAAGGUCAAGGUCUUAGGAUCAUAGCAUUCUGUUGCUGAGGCUGUUGGAAGCGUGUGUGGCAGUAACAGUGGAAGCCUCUCUGUGGUGCUUGCUUGUGUGCCACAUGAAGAUGGCAUUCUGGGUUAUUUCCAGGCAGUACACUUCCAAGUCUUCCAAUGGUUUCAGUUUCAGAAUGGUUCCUUCAUGUUCAGCGGUCAGCUUGUGAGCAUUCCUUUGCCAUUUUUGUGUAAUAGAGGAAUUCUGAUAAAAUUUUUACAAGGCAGGGAAUGUUUGUCUAUAAUAAAGUAAUAACAGUUUUAUUUGACUGGAAAGAGAUUAAAUUUUGCGGAAGGGAGUAAGCAAUGUUAGAAGAAUAUACAUGUCAAAUUUCCUUAAAGAUGGGUGCAGACAGACUCUAAACAUGGGUCUUUUCAGCCUGUCUCAGAACACAUGCUUUCUGUAACAGCUGAUGAAAAAUUGGCAGAUCCUGUGUAUUUGGGCUUAUGUAGAACUGAAGCAUAAUUCUGUAGGUUUAAAUUGUGAUUGUGUAAUGAGUUCAUGAACACAAGCAGCAUGAAGAUCAAUUUACAUGAACAUCACCAGAAACAUUUAUUAAACAUAUUAGAGAAACAGUACAAAGUCUAUAUUCUUAAGACUUAAAAAUAUUGUAAUUACACAUAUAUUCUACCAUCAACUCUAGAAUAUAAGUCUGUUUGUUUGUCAUGCAAAUUUUAUAAGGCUUCAGUGCACAGGUGUCAGCAGUUUUUCAUGCAUUUAGACUGCCUGUGCAUGGCCUUAUGCAGCAUAGUAUUUAAUACCUGCAAACAUGGCAGCUAUUGUGUAAAAAAUACGAUUGAUGCAUUGGUCAGACUGAAGAGUAACAGCUAUUACAAAGCACAAUCUAUGUUUUUCUUUCAUUUGGUGUAGAGUUGCAGCAUGUGUAUCCUUAAGAGUAUGCCAUAAACUGAAAUUGCGAUACCUUCCUCCUUUUCCAUAGUUUAAUACAUGCCUCCUUUGAAAGUCUCAGGAAAAGCACUAGUCUUUGACUUCCUUUCCCGUCCCACUCAGAUCAAUCAUGUUUUACGAGUAUUUCCAUUGUUUAAAAUUGUCAGAAUGGCAUUUGUAUACACAUACACAAAUGUGAAUUUUUUUGUGAAAGGGGUGGGAUGGGUUUAAAUUAUUAUCUAGCAUUAAAAAAUUUGUCUCUGAGUUGGUGUAAUUCCCUUCCUACUGUUUUCUAAAUUCUAUUGUUCACCCCACACCUCUUUUAAGUGACCUCCUUCCACACAUUGUUUUUUUUCUUGGGUACCCCCAACCUGUUUCUAUGAUUGUGUAACUGUGUUUGAAGCAUUUCUAGGAGGACAUUAAUUUUUGGUGUAUAUUGUGCGUACAUGUAGCUACAAGGGAUAACAAUUUUGGCAGCAGGCUUGCUGUAAAAAAAAGGCUUGAUAGCCUCCCCCCCCCCCCCCGAAAAAAAAAAUUGAAAUGUGAUUAAGAUUUUGUGAGAAGUGCUAACAUCUAGAUACAACCUUUGAUGCUAAGAAGUGGUGAUUAUUCAAAGGAUCGGUUGUCUCCCAUCCCCAACCCCUCAGCACAGCCUCUGCAUCUUGGACCUCAGCUCCCAAAUGAUACAAUUUGGUGUAAUGUUUCCAUAUAAAUUUGUCACCAUCUCUGUAUUUGUUUACCUCCAUAUAUCUAUUUAUGUAUCUGUACUUUAGCAUUAAAUAUCAUAAGUAGCAUUCAUUGUUCUGCUGUUUAACCUACACUAAUUGUGGAUAACUUCAGACAAGUUAUAAAACACAUAGACUAGAGAAAAUGCAGAAAAAGAUAAAUACCCAUUCAUGCAUAUGCACACACACACACACAGGUAUUGAUGUUCAUACACAUGAAAAUGAGUGCAAGCAUGUGCUCAUCAUGGACACACACAUUUAAGCACUGUUGGUGAUUCCAAACAGCUUGAACAAGACAAAAUAUAAUGCAGACAAAACAACAUUGUUAACAAUAUUAACACUCCUUGGUCUAUAUAUCUAUUGAUGUAUCUGUAUUUUUAGCAUUAAAUAUACAUAUUAAAUGAAA